ACAUAUUUCAUUAAAAGAGCGUGGAAGAUCGAAGAAGUACAAACUCUUCUUCAACGCAUAAAUAAUUGACACCAACAAUAGCUAAAAAUAAAGACUUUAUUCGAUUACCUCGAGCAAAACGGUUGCUUUUGUAAUCAAAUUUAAAGUCUUUAAGUAUAAUAAGAAGAAUCACGAAGAUUUGAACCGCGAACUUAAAAAGAUACACAUUAACUAUCACAUAACUACUUGGUUAUGUUUACUUUGUGAUACUUGGAGGAUUAAAAAGGAGAUUCUAGGUCUGGUCUACAAUGGCUACAAUGGCUAAUAAGUAGAGAGAUAGAGAUACUGGUCAAUCUCAUAUGUCCAGCUUUACAACCAGACAUACCCCACUUCCACCUUUUCCAUUCCAGAUAUUAUACAAAGCGGCAUAAAACCUCCACCAUGCCCAGACAUAUUGAACCUUAGGAACCCAAAACCUUCUCUUUCUCUCUCUCUUUUUCUCUCUCUUUCUCUCUCUGCGGCAGCUGGCUACUACAGUCCCAGAAGGGACUGAGAUACCUUGCAGUGGAUAUAAAGAAACAAGAAACACACAACCCAUUUCUCACUCACUGUUGUAUUUCACCACUGCACUUUCUCUCAUGCUCAUCAAACCAUUUCUCUCUUAAUCGAAUCAUGGAAGACUCAGACGAGCCCAACGCUACCAGCAAAUGUAACAACAAAACUGGGAGUUUCAAAGCCAGGAUUAACCUUCAUCCUCCUCCUCCUCCUCCUCCUCCUCAUCAUCAUCAUCAUCAUGUUCAUCGCCAUUAUCAGCAUCAACAGCUAUGGCAGUACUCAAAUCAGUACGCCUUUUGUAACCAAAACCAGUUCCAAAGAUGCUGUCCUGUUAUUCUACCUCUUCCCCUUCCUCUUCCUCCUCCUAUUCCUCUGCAACUCGCUCUAGCUCCUGCUCUUCCUCCAAAUAGAACCACCACUAGACCAAAAGCCCACUUGCAGAAGGCUUCCUGUAGGGUCAAUAACCCUCCUCUUGCUGUCACCUCUGAUACCCAUGUCCCUAUAUUAAAGAUUUCUCCAGCUCCAAAAGGGCUACUACGACUGAAAAGCACUUUGCCACUUAAAGGAGAUAAUGGAAAGGUGAGUGAAAGUAAACCAGAGGUAUUAGUGGCUGCAAGAAGACCAGAUUCUGGAGGUGUAGAAGGGCCAGUUAUUCCUCUUUUGGCUAACCAUUUCCUACUCCAGUUUGACCCUUCACAACGUAUUUACCAUUACAAUGUGGAAAUCUCUCCCAACCCUUCAAAAGAAGUUGCCAGAUUGAUCAAACAAAAACUUGUAGAGGACAACUCGGAUUUGCUCUCUGGGGCCUCUCCUGCUUAUGAUGGCCGCAAGAAUCUUUACAGCCCAAUUGAGUUUGUAAGAGACAGGCUUGAGUUCUAUGUCAGCCUUCCACUUCCCUCCAGCAGGAUGAAAGUAACCCAAGGAGAGAUCGAACAUAAGCAAGCAUUCAAACUCUUCCGGAUAAGUAUUAAACUUGUCUCAAAAAUUGAUGGGAUGGAACUGAAUAGAUACUUGUCAAAAGAGGGAGAUGAUUGGAUUCCAAUUCCUCAGGAUUAUCUUCAUGCUUUAGAUGUUGUAUUGAGGGAGGGCCCAAAUGAGAAAUGCAUCUCUGUGGGAAGAUCUCUGUAUUCAAGUUCAAUGUGGGGGAGCAAAGAAAUUGGGGGAGGAGUUGUUGGCUUGAGAGGCUUUUUCCAAAGCCUUAGACCCACACAGCAAGGCUUAGCUAUGAACGUAGAUUGUUCUGUCACUACUUUCCAUGAGAGCAUUGGAGUGAUUCCCUACUUGCAAAAACGUCUUGAUUUUCUUGGAGACCUUUCUCAGAGGAAGACAAGGGGCUUGACCAGUGAAGAAAGGAGAGAAGUGGAGAAGGCUUUGAUGCAUAUUAGGGUUUUUGUUUGUCACAGAGAGAGUGUUCAGAAAUACAAAGUUUAUGGCUUAACAGAUGAACCUACUGAGAGUCUCUGGUUUGCAGACAGAAAUGGGAAGAAUCUAAGAUUGGUGGGUUACUUCAAGGAUCAUUAUAACUAUGACAUUCAAUUCAGGAAUUUUCCUUGCUUGCAGAUUAGUAGGAGCAAGCCAUGUUAUCUUCCUAUGGAGCUUUGUAUGAUUUGUGAAGGGCAGAAAUUCCUUGGAAAGCUCACUGAUGAACAGACUGCAAGGAUGCUUAAGAUGGGUUGCCAGAGGCCAAAGGAAAGGAAAGCUAAUAUAGAUGGUGUCAUGCAAGGUUCUUUUAUGCCAACCAGCGGGGUCCAGGGAAGAGAAUUCAGCCUCCAAGUCUCCAAGGAAAUGACCAAAUUAAGUGGGAGAGUUCUUCAACCUCCCAAGCUAAAGCUUGGUGAUGGCGGCCAGGUUCGAGAUCUUAUUCCCUCCCGCCACGACCGCCAGUGGAACCUUGUCGAUUGCCAUGUUUUCGAGGGAACAAGAAUCGAGAGGUGGGCAUUGAUAAGCUUCGGCGGUAGCUUAGAUCAGAGGUCUAACAUUCCAAGAUUUAUAAACCAGCUCUCAAGAAGGUGUGACCAAUUAGGCAUAUUUCUCAACAGCAAAACAGUCGUACCACCUCAAUUUGAACCAACUCAAGUACUCAACAGUGUCACGCUGUUGGAAUCAAAGCUUAAGAAGCUUAUUGGAGCUGCAUCUAACAGCCUUCAGCUCUUGAUCUGUGUGAUGGAUCGGAAGCAUAAAGGCUAUGCAGAUUUGAAACGCAUCGCCGAGACGAGUAUCGGCAUUGUUAGUCAAUGCUGCCUCUAUCCAAAUCUUGCCAAGCUAGGCUCCCAAUUUCUGGCCAAUUUGGCUCUUAAGAUCAAUGCAAAGGUUGGUGGUUGCACUGUUGCAUUAUACAACUCGUUACCUUCCCAAGUACCACGGCUGCUUCGUAUCAAUAAGCCCGUGAUCUUCAUGGGCGCCGAUGUAACUCAUCCUCAUCCCUUGGAUGAUUUUAGCCCCUCCAUAGCUGCUGUGGUUGGUAGCAUGAAUUGGCCAGCAGCAAACAAGUACGUCUCUAGAAUGAGAUCACAAACACACAGACAAGAAAUUAUUAUGGAUCUCGGAGCAAUGGUCGAAGAGCUGCUCGAGGAAUUUUAUCAAGAAGUGAACGAACUUCCAUCACGAAUUAUAUUCUUCAGAGAUGGCGUGAGCGAAACCCAGUUCUACAAAGUGCUUCAAGAGGAAUUGCAGGCUAUAAAAACAGCUUGUUCUCGAUUCCACAACUAUAAACCUCCUAUAACUUUUGCUGUUGUUCAAAAGAGGCAUCACACAAGAUUAUUCCCAUUCAAAGUCGAUCCAUCUUCAAACCAAACUGAGGUUCUUGAUGAAAACAUUCCUCCCGGGACGGUUGUUGAUACUGUAAUUACUCACCCAAAGGAAUUCGAUUUCUAUCUCUGCAGCCACUGGGGGGUGAAGGGAACAAGCAGGCCUACGCAUUAUCAUGUCUUGUGUGAUGAAAACCAGUUUACUUCUGAUGAACUUCAAAAGCUGGUUUACAACUUAUGCUACACAUAUAAUAGGUGCACGAAGCCUGUUUCACUAGUACCUCCAGCUUAUUAUGCUCAUCUUGCUGCUUAUAGAGGCAGACUUUACCUCGAUCGAUCCGAUUCGACAGCCACUACCGUCUCUCGAGCUGCCCCUCCAAAAACAAUGGCUCUACCAAAACUUAGCGAAAAUGUUAGGAAACUAAUGUUUUACUGUUGAAUUUUGUUGUAGUCUCCAUCACGAUGCAAUCAAUAUAUAUAUAUUUUGAUGCCAUUGAACAAA